AUGGACGCCGAUAUCAAGACCGUGCUCCCCAACAUCGACCCCAUCCUCUCCGACUACUCGGUGGGCUACCUGUCCCAUGCCUCGACGGCCUGGUCUGAUGACGAGGACCCUUCCGGCCUAUCCCCCCUCAGCGAAGCUGCCGCCACCGUCACCGAGCUGCUCAUAUCGGCUUCGGGCAAGGUGGAUGCCACCCUCGAGAACAAGAUCAAGCAGCUCGUGGAGAAAUGGGUCGACAAGUACACCGAAGCCAACGGUGGCGAGAGGCGGGGUCCGUCGACGGUGAAGCGCCUGGACCAGACCAUCCAGGUCAGCACCCAGCGCAACAUGUCGUCGACCCUCGCCGUCGCCACCGGCGGCGUUGAUCUCGAGGCCGCCAACGCCCGCAAGGUCGAGUCCAAGGUCGACCGCAAGAAGCUCGAAAAGGCCGAGCGCAAGAUCGCCGCCAAGCAGCAGAAGAAGACGUUCAAGACGGUCGAGUACGAGGCCUCCAAGCUGCUCGACCAGCCCGAGUCCACGCAGUCGUACGAGGAGUUUUACAUGGCCGUCAACCCGCUGCAGCUCGGCUCCUCCGGCGCCAACAAAUCGAAGGACGUCAAGCUGGAAAGCAUCGACGUUUCCAUUGGCGGGCAGCGUAUCCUCACGGACACGACUCUCACGCUCGCCUACGGUCACCGCUAUGGUUUGGUUGGUAACAACGGUGUGGGUAAAUCGACGCUGCUGCGGGCGCUGUCAAGGAGAGAAGUCGCCAUUCCCACCCACAUUUCCAUCCUGCACGUCGAGCAAGAGAUUACCGGAGACGACACACCCGCUAUACAGGCUGUUCUCGACGCAGACGUGUGGCGCAAGGUGCUGCUGAGGGAACAAGACGAACUGAUGGCCAGCUUGGCGGACCUCGAGGCACGCCGCGCUCCGCUCGCCGACACGUCGGCCGACGCUGCCAAACUCGACCAAGAAAAGGAGGCCAAGGACGGGAAGCUGGGCGACAUCCAGGGCAAACUUGCAGAGAUGGAGUCGGACAAGGCGGAGUCUCGUGCGGCAAGUAUCCUGGCUGGUCUCGGCUUCUCUCCCGAGCGACAACAGUUCGCCACCAAGACCUUCUCCGGUGGUUGGAGGAUGCGUCUUGCGCUGGCUCGAGCCCUCUUCUGCGAACCCGAUCUCCUGCUCCUCGACGAACCGUCCAACAUGUUGGACGUCCCCUCCAUCACCUUCCUCUCCGGAUAUCUACAGAACUACCCAAGCACGGUCCUGGUCGUGUCUCACGACAGAGCGUUCCUCAACGAGGUCGCCACCGACAUCAUUCACCAGCACUCUGAACGGCUCGACUACUACCGCGGAGCCAACUUUGACUCCUUCUACGCUACGCGCGAAGAGCGCAAGAAGGUGGCCAAGAAGGAGUACGAGAACCAGAUGGCCCAGCGAGCUCAUCUCCAGGCCUUCAUCGAUAAGUUCCGCUAUAAUGCCGCCAAGUCCUCGGAAGCACAGUCUCGUAUCAAGAAGCUGGAAAAGAUGCCCGUGCUGCAGCCGCCAGAGUCUGAGUACAACGUCAAGUUCCGGUUCCCCGAGGUGGAGAAGCUCUCGCCGCCCAUCAUUCAGAUGUCGGGUGUUGCGUUUGGCUACUCCAAGGACAAGCCGCUGCUCAGGGACGUCGACCUGGAUGUGCAGCUCGAUUCCCGGAUUGGCAUCGUAGGCCCCAACGGAGCGGGUAAGACGACGAUCCUCAAGCUCCUCAUCGGGAAGCUGGAGCCGUUGAAGGGACUUGUCACGGCGCACUCUCGACUGCGAAUCGGUUUCUUCGCGCAGCAUCAUGUCGACGCGCUGGAUCUCACCGUGAGUGCCGUCAGUUUCAUGGCCAAGAACUACCCGGGCAAGGCGGACGAGGAGUAUCGGAGACAGCUGGGCGCAUUCGGCAUCACGGGCACGACUGGCCUGCAGAAGAUGGGGCAGUUGUCUGGUGGUCAAAAGUCCAGGGUAGCCUUUGCAUGCCUGGCGCUGACGAACCCGCACAUCCUGGUUCUCGACGAGCCGUCCAACCACUUGGACAUUGAAGCCAUGGACGCCCUGGCGGAGGCGCUCAACGAGUUCGAGGGCGGUGUGCUCAUGGUGUCUCACGACGUGACCAUGCUGCAGAUGGUGUGCACGUCUCUGUGGGUGUGCGAUGGCGGCACGGUCGAAAAGUUCCCCGGCGACGUGCAGGCGUACAAGAAGAGGAUUGCGGCGCAGGCCGAUGCCGCGGGUGUGGUCAAGGCUCAUUAA